GCCACGGACUGUAACUGGCUGCGUGGGGAGCCGGUGUGGGCGCAGCGGAGGACUUUCCUAUAAAAGCAGGGAUCCCGCGGACAGACGAGCCUGUCUCUCUGUCUCCGGCGGACCAGAGACGCGAUUCCCCGCCAACACCUUUCGCUAGUUCUCCCGUCACAGUUCGGAAAAAAAAUCAUCUCAGCUUCACAUAAAAAAGGAAUUCAUAGUUUGUGGUUCUGACUGACUCUCCAGCAAGGAUGUCCCGGACCGACGAGGUGCACCGUAUAACAGAGAAUGUCUACAAGUCCAUCAUGGAGCAGUUCAACCCCUGCUUGCGGAACUUCAUAGCCAUGGGAAAGAGCUACGAGAAGGCGCUCACCAGUGUCACAUAUGCUGCAAAGGGCUACUUCGACGCUCUGGUGCGGAUGGGCGAGAUGGCCAGCGAAAGUCAAGGCUCUAAGGAUCUUGAGGAGGCAGCAUGGGAGGUGCUCUUUCAGAUGGCUGAAGUGCACAGACAGAUCCAGAUCCAGCUUGAAGAGAUGCUGAAAUCUUUCCACAACGAGCUGCUCACAGAGCUGGAGAAGAAGGUCGAGUUGGAUGCACGCUACCUGAACGCUGCACUGAAGAAGUACCAGACGGAGCACAAGGGCAAAGGGGAGAGUUUGGAGAAGUGCCAGGCAGAGCUGAAAAAACUGCGCAGGAAGAGCCAGGGCAGCAAGCACCCGUCCAAGUACGGAGACAAGGAGAUGCAGUAUGUGGAGGCCAUCAGCAAUAAGCAGAGCGAGCUGGACAACUACAUCGCUGAGGGCUACAAGAACGCUCUGUCCGAGGAGAGGAGGAGGUACUGCUUCCUGGUGGACCGCCAGUGUGCCGUAGCCAAGAACGGCAGUGCCUACCACGGCAAGGGGAAGGAGCUUUUAUCCCAAAAGAUCCCUGUGUGGCAGCAGGCGUGUGCCGAGCCCAACAAACUGCCAGAUCGUGCCAUGUUCCUGGCCCAGCAGAUGAGCAGUGUAACGGGCACCAUGGUUCCCGGUGGUCAUCAUCCAGGCAUGUCCAUCUCUGAGCCCAUCCCUGGUGCUAAACCCCUGCCGGUGCCUCCUGAGCUGGCGGCCCUCAGGGCAGGUGGAGGCAUGGGACAUCAGAGGCUGAUGGAAGGAGGGAUGCCGGUGAUGAAUGGCACAGGCGGCGCUCACGGAGGGGAGGACUACCAGCAGUGGAUGGAGGGCAAGGUGGCCCAGAGCAAGGCCUCACCGCAGACCCAGCGGCAUGGAGGGGAGGGCUACUCAAACACCCUGCCUGUGCGCAAGGUCGCCCCGGCCAAGAGCAAGACCACACUGACGGAGACUCGUACGCUGCCUCGGUCCAGCUCCAUGGCAGCGGGGCUGGAGAGAAACGGGAGAACUCGAGUCCAGGCCAUCUUCUCCCAUGCAGCCGGCGACAACAGCACCCUGCUCAGCUUCUUUGAGGGCGAUGUGAUAACCCUGCUGGUCCCCGAGGCCCGUGAUGGGUGGCACUACGGAGAGAAUGAGAAGACGAGGAUGCGUGGCUGGUUUCCCUUCUCCUACACACGGGUGAUCUCGGACGGUGACAGCAACUCAAUGAGGCAACUUCGGGUACACAACCUCCACGGGAAGAGCAGCAGCACAGGCAACCUACUAGAGAGAGAAGACAUGGCUCUCCCCGUCCCUGAUUACGGCCUCCACUCCCGUAUGGAGGCACAGAGCGCUGCUGCGCUGCAUGGCAGACAACAACAACAACGCCCCUACAGUGUUGCGGUGCCAGGCUACUCACAGCAAGGAGUUGAAGAGUACGAGCCCCGCUUCCCCACAAGUUCCACAGAGGGCAAAUUGAUUUCGACAGUGUGAGGACAGACAGACAAACAGGCACAGACUCAGCCAGACGAUGCAAUAAGACAGACACCUUGCUGCCCCCUCAACCAACCCCUUCCCUCAUCCUUACCCCUUCUCUCCUGCCUCCCUGCCUCCCACUUACAGCAAUAAACUCUCCCUGAGCCAAUCAAUGCAAGGAAGACGCUUUGGUCUGUAUCUUUCCCUCCCUCUGAUCUCCCUCUUUCCUCCCCCAAUCCCUCCCCGUGCUGUCUUAACUAUUCGGUUGCCACACCGACUGCUGACUACUUGCGAUGCCUCGGUGCCAGAACAAAACAGACUCUGUGCCAUCCGAAUAUUGAAAAUCAAUGUGAUGGACAUUUUUCUCUGAGGAAAAUGUAUCUUUUGCUUGCCUUUCAUGCAUGUACAUUUCUUUUACAUAUUGCUGGGGAUUCUAUUUCCCCACCAAAGGAACCUGAUUCUCACAAAUGUCAGUGCUCUCCAUCCGAAUGACAAUGUAAAGGAUAUGUAAAUCAGGGUGUGUGAAAUGAAUGAUGUUGAUCCCAAAGAGGAUUUCCAUGUAAAAAAAAAAAAAAAAAGAAAAAAAAAAAAAAAAAUCAAUCAAUAUUUUACUGGGUCUUUCAGUAUUCAAUAAUCAUUUUACCUUGUCAUGCUGUGAGGUUUUGUAUUCCUCUGAGAUAAGAGGCCAUGUAUCACGAAUAGUGAACAGCUAAUUAAUAAAUAAAUAAAUAAAUAAAUGUUUUAACUUACGGAGUGGAGACCAUGUGACAGGAAUGUUGACUGUACAUACAUAAAUGUGCCAUACAGAAGUGCUUGUCAUAAAGUAUCUAGAAUCAUUUCAUUCAACAACAA